AUGGCCUUUAACAAUCUGACAUCAAAGGCUGUGCUACUGUAUGAUGAAUGGAUUAAAGAUGCCGAUCCAAGACUGGAAGGCUGGCCACUCAUGUCUUCACCUUUUCCAACAACCAUUAUCAUUGGAACCUACAUUUAUUUUGUCACUUCCUUAGGACCCAAACUCAUGGAAAAUAAAAAACCUUUUGAACUUAGGCAGAUAAUGGCGCUUUAUAAUUUUAGUGUGGUAACCCUCUCUUUAUAUAUGACUUAUGAAUUUCUUAUGUCGGGUUGGGCCACAGGGUACUCAUUCCGGUGUGAUGUCAUUGACUACUCGAGGUCACCUACAGCUCUAAGAAUGGUACGAACUUGUUGGCUUUACUACUUUUCCAAGUUCAUUGAAUUAUUAGACACUAUAUUUUUUGUGCUGCGUAAGAAAAACAACCAAGUUACAUUCCUGCAUGUCUUUCAUCAUUCCAUCAUGCCAUGGACCUGGUGGUUUGGAGUCAAAUUUGCUGCAG